CAGGGGGCUGCUAUUCCAAACAAUUCAAGAGAGCCUACAAGAGCUGGAGAGAUAAUCAAGAACAGGUGAUCUGAAAGUCAACACAAAGUAGAAGAGCCUUAAGCGGCCGGCACAGUAUAUUAUUUACACUGAAGGAGCUUGUGUGGAAUAGAAAGUGCUGACUGCUCAAAUGGAUCCUGUGGAAAUGAGAAAUGUCAACAUCGAACCUGAUGAUGAGAGCAGUAGUGGAGAAAGUGCUCAUGAUGGCUACACCAGGAUGCGAAAUUCAGAGAAGGCAGCGAUGAGCAGUGAAUUCGCGAACGAAGAUGCUGAAAGUCAGAAAUUCCUGACAGAUGGAUAUUCUCGGAAGAAGAAGCUGGCGGAGUAUGACGACGAGCACCACCCUGGAGCCGCCUCCUUUGGGAUGUCUUCAUUCAACCUGAGUAACGCCAUCAUGGGCAGCGGAAUCCUGGGCUUGUCCUACGCCAUGGCCAACACGGGGAUUAUACUUUUUGUAAUCAUGUUGCUUGCAGUGGCAAUAUUAUCCCUCUACUCGGUUCAUCUUUUAUUAAAGACGUCCAAGGAAGGAGGCUCCCUAAUUUAUGAAAAUUUGGGAGAAAAGGCAUUUGGAUGGCCUGGAAAAAUCGGAACUUUUAUAUCCAUUACAAUGCAGAACAUUGGAGCAAUGUCGAGCUACCUCUUUAUUAUCAAAUAUGAACUACCUGAAGUGAUCAGAACAUUCAUGGGACUUGAAGAGAAUGCUGGGGAGUGGUACCUCAAUGGCAACUACCUCGUCGUAUUUGUGUCUAUAGGAAUUAUUCUUCCACUUUCUCUUCUUAAAAAUUUAGGUUACCUUGGUUAUACCAGUGGAUUUUCUCUUACGUGCAUGGUGUUUUUUGUCAGUGUGGUGAUUUAUAAGAAAUUCCAGAUCCCCUGCCCUCUGCCUCCUCUUGAUCACCAUGCUGGAAAUCUAACAUUGAACAAUACACUUCCGAUGCACCUGGUGAUGUUACCCAACAACUCUGAGAGCGAUGAGGUGAACUUCAUGAUGGAUGACACCCACCGGGGCCUUGCAGGGCGGGACGAGGAUCCAGCCAAGGACUCUCUCCAUGGGAGUGGGGUCAAGUAUGAAGCCAACAAUGAUGACAAGUGUCAACCCAAGUAUUUCGCAUUCAACUCUCGGACGGCCUAUGCAAUUCCCAUCCUGGCAUUUGCCUUUGUCUGCCACCCCGAGGUCCUCCCCAUCUACAGUGAACUGAAAGAUCGGUCCCGGAGGAAAAUGCAGACAGUGUCCAAUGUCUCCAUCACUGGGAUGCUCCUCAUGUACCUGCUUGCGGCUCUCUUUGGCUAUCUCACCUUCUACGGAGAAGUUGAAGAUGAAUUGCUUCAUGCUUACAGCAAAGUGUACACAUUUGACACGCUCCUCCUCAUGGUACGCCUGGCGGUCCUCGUGGCAGUUACGCUGACCGUGCCCAUUGUCCUCUUCCCCAUCCGUACAUCGGUGAUCACCCUGCUAUUCCCCAACAGACCCUUCAGCUGGAUAAGACAUUUCUUGAUUGCAGCCAUAAUUAUAGCUCUUAAUAAUGUCCUGGUCAUACUGGUACCGACAAUCAAGUACAUCUUCGGAUUCAUCGGGGCUUCUUCUGCCACGAUGCUGAUUUUUAUCCUUCCGGCCGCUUUUUAUAUUAGACUUGUCAAGAAAGAGCCGCUUCGAUCACCCCAAAAGAUCGGGGCUUUCAUUUUCCUGGUGAUUGGAAUCAUUUUCAUGAUUGGAAGCAUGGCACUCAUUAUAAUCGACUGGAUAUACAAUCCUCCAAGUACCAAGCAUCAUUAACCCGAGGCAAAAGUCCUUCCCCCAUUGGAAAUGGCUACAAGUUAUGUUCCAAAAGACAUUUGAGUGAUCUUGACUGGAAUGUUAUUCAUAAGAAAUAACAGGAAGAGUCCAAAGACGUUUACUAGUAACAUGACCAGGCUCCUGCGUGACAGAAAACCAUCGUUUUUAUCAAGAAUGGCUGUGUGUUACAAAUCUGUUGUGCACAUUUCUACCCAGGUUUCACCAAAGCAGUGUGACACGGUCAAGGUGUGUUUCUGCGGCUGCUCAAGGAGGACAAGGGCAGCAGCCUGUGAUGGUCAUUAGAUGCCACCCCCCACCCUCUCCCCCCAACAAGUACCCAAACUCACAUCCUCAGAUCCAUUGUAUAACCAAAAUGCCCUGGGGGCAAAGCUCUCCCUACUGGGUGAGCUGCCCCUGUAAGGUGCAGGAAUGAUCAGAUGCUUGUUAGUCUGCAGCACCUUACGAUUAUUUAUCAACAGCCUAGAAAUAUUCUGUCUGUCCUAGCUGACAUUGAAUUAGCAACUUCUUCACUCAACAGAUUUUUUUUUUAAUUUAAAAAUAAAUGUUAAAACAUCUUACUAAUCAGAGAGGGGCUUGAUUUAAAUUACAGAGCAACAACCAAAAGAAAGAAAAACCAAGGUUAGUAGCUAAACUGCCUUUUCUGAAAGCAUCGUUCAUGUACAUGUCAUCCCUACUUCUCUUGUCAUUGAGCGAUGGUCGCCCUCUCGUCUUCCAUUCUCUUUCAGAUGUGUUAGGAGGCCACACCACAGUUCAUGUGGAGACACACUACCCAGUGUUGUUUGAUAUAUUGUUAUUUGAUAAAACGUUCAGUGCAGGAAACUGUGAUUUGCUACGUGUUCAUGUAUAUAAUCGUAUUCUGUAGUCCUCGGAAUUUUUAUGUAUGGUACAUUAUAUUGUCAUUUUUUACAUGUGUAGUUUGUUCUCCUCAUGGCCAAACAUUUAUCAGGGUGGGGGCAGGGAAUUUUGAACUCGGUAGGCUCAAACAUCCAUUUGUAUGUAUCAGACUGAAAAGGAAAUCUUACAAUGGAAGCCAAAACUCCAUGUAAUUCAGUAAUGCUCUUCAAUGUUUACAAUGAUACAACCAUCUACAAAAACGAAGCUCCUUAUUGGCAGAUGAUUAUCAAUACCACCUCUGGUCUCCUCCUUUGUUGUUGGUUGCUGUCUUGUAGAUUCCAAUUCAUAACAACCCCAGGUGACAGAAUCCAGCUGCCUCCUAAGAGUCUCCAUUGUCCUCUUUAUGGAAGCAGACAGCCGCUUAGCAGCUGAGCGCUCAACCAUUGUGCCACCAGGGCUCCUUUCCGUUCACUUAGCCAGUGCUACCGAAUGGACCUAUUGGGACUGCCAGGCUCUCAUCUCCAGGGAACUAGACCGCCCGUCUUUCUCCCAGGGGGAUGCUGGUGGUGUUUCCAACUGAAGCCUUCCUGUUGCAGGCCGGCCCCUAAUGACUGUACUGCCAGCUUUCUGUCCUCUGACGUUAGCAUGUCUACCACAGGAGUUCAUGCAUUUGGGCCUUGCCUGGUGUUUGUUGGCAUCCACUUGUCCGUGAAUACAACGUCGAGGGAUUCCCCACAAAAGUAAGUGUUCACACGUUACAAAAACACACACGUGAUCAUUCUGACUCACCUCGGUAGUUUAGUGGAUUAUGACUCACCCAAACCCCAUAGGCCUAUAGAAUUGCCUCAUCCGGUUUCCAAGGUUGUAAACUCUGGCAGAAGCAGACAGCUUUAGAAGAUGGAAGAAAUAUGCUGGCUCCUUGAACAGCUGACCUUUGAAAACUAGCAGCCAAGACCUUGAACCCCUGCACCUCCAAAGCACCUUCUAUAACACACCGACACAGAGCAGAUUGUAAAACUAUACUUACAGCCUAGACAUUUUAGAGGUUGCUGUCUUUUUCAAUCGGUACCACGAACAUUGGUUGGAUAUUUGAUUUUAGCAGAGCCAAUUAUGAUGACAGAGUCUUAGGAAAUCAUCUUUUAAGAGGUGAUCUGAAAUGUGCCUAAGAGAAUAUUCAUUUGUUUUCUGUAUGCUUUCCAAGAAGCAUAAUUCUGUAAAUGGUAUACUUUGUUGUAGAAAUUGAGCAUUACUAGAAAUAAGCAUAACUUUUGAGUGAUUUUUACCAGAAAAAACUUUUCAACACACGUAUCCAUUUUCAUUCAUCUAAAGAGUGUAUCAAAAUAGUUGGAAGUGGAGAAAGUUACCUAUUGAGUGUUUAAAAAAAUGUUUAAUCUGAACAGAUGUAAAUAUCUAAAAUUAAUCCAAGAAACUGUAAACGCUGUAUAUAUUUUAAGAGCUUUACCUUUGAAACGACUAACUUGAAAAUGUCAACAUGUGUAAUUAUAUAAAUAGUCGAAAGCAAUCCUACGUUGCCAAACAGCAAACACCAUUUUCCUCUCGGCUGUCAUCAUAAUUCGAGGUCACACACACUGCAGGGCAGGCAUGCAGAUGCUCGCAUGUGCUGGUUCAUUUUACCCUGUUUGUAAACAAUGAACGUUUCAUUUUCUUAUUUCAUGUAUAAGAUGGUUCCAUACAUUGGGAGGCUUUUUUAUUACAGAAAAUGUACAUUGGUAUAUAAUAAAUGAACUUUUCAGACAA